AUGUCGUUCCCCGCGGCGCCGCCCCCUGCUUGGGUCAGGUCGGGGCCGACCGCCGCUGCCUCGACCUCGACGCCAACCGCUGUGGCCGGACCCCGACGCCGCCGCCACCGGACCGCCUCGCCUCCUCACCUCUCCCUCGCUGGCUCCAUCGAGCCUCGCGCCCCCGCCACCUGCGUCCAUCCCCAGCGCUGCCCGACUCCGUCAACGCCGUCGCCUCCUCGCCCUCGUGCUGGACUGCACCGUCCCCGCCUCGCCAUCACCGGCUCCACCGAGCCUCGCCGCUCCCCGUACCCCUGCAACGCCGGUGAGGGCCAUGCCCUCCCCCCUCUCUAUCUUGGCCGUGGGGACCGCCGCUCGACCGCGCUCACCAUGUCGUGCCCGUGCCCCGUGCGGGCCCGCAACCGCCUCACAGCCGUGCGCGCCCGCAGCCCAGCGCGUCGUGGCCUGUCGCCCCGCCGUGGCCACGCCCUGGCCGCGCCCGUGCCGCAUCGGCCACGCCCGACCCGCGCACCCGCGCAUCGCCUCCCUCCCCGGCGCGCUCACCGCGCCCUGCCGCUGCUCUGCCUCGCCCCGUCACCGCCCGCAUGCGCCACCGCGGCGCCUCCCGCCUUCGGCCGCCGCAGGCCCCGCCCCGCCGCACCUUGCUCGCCGGCGGCGCGCCUUAGCCGCGGCCACGCCUCGGGCGUGUGCUCGCGAGCCCUGGCGGGUUCGUCCCGCCCCGCCACCCGUUACGCCCGCUCCGCCGGGCCCCUGUACCACUGA